AAUAUAAAUUAAAUUAUAAUUAAACGUCAAACGUCAAAUUUUGACAAAUGACGUGACAUUAAGGAAAUUUCUAACCAUAAUCAAAAUUCUGUCAGUUCUUUUAACAUUUUUCAUUAUCAUUACAUCCAGAAAUCGCAAUUUAAUGUUCAUUCCUCACAGUUGAUGUAUUUGUUAUAUGGCUGCAGAAAACUUUUCCUAAUGCAGUAUUAUAAGUGGAUUGUUCAACACUGGAAUUCAGAUUUAAAUAUAUUAGUGUCAAUGAUAACUCCAACAUAAAUAUAAAUAAUAUUAUGUAGUACCUACAAUCCAAUAAAUUUGAAUAGUUUCAAGCUCCAAUAAACGUAAUGGGUAUUUGCUGGUGCAAACAGAAGAAUGAAGAAAGUGAUACAUAUAUACCACCACAAUCACCGAACAGCCUUCAAGUUCACAAUAUUAUUCAGCCUGUCUCACCUGUUAGUACUCAGUAUUCCUUUAGGCUUUCAAAAAUACCCGAUGCUUCAUAUGUCGACAAAUUAGUACUUGAAACUUUAGGUGUUAUUGCUACCCUAGUUGAUAAUGAACAAGAACCUCCAAGUUCAAUGCUUCUUUUACAUAACAUAGCUGAUAAUGAAGAAGGUUGGAUUCAGGUUGUCAAUUCCAUGAUUCAUGUCAUCCCGAUGCAAGAUCCUCUAGGACCUUCUGUGAUUACUUUAUUAUUGGAUGAUUGCCCUUUGCCAUCCAAAGAAUCAGUAUUUAAGGUGGUUAAUAUGUUAGAUCUAUCUGAAAAAGCUGCUAUAUUAGGCCGGUCUAAUCCCCCUAUACAAAGAAAUAUUUGUGUAGUCCUUGGUUGUAUUGCGGAAAAAUUGGCUGGUCCAAGAAAUAUGGAAAUUUUGAAUGACGGUAUUAUAGACUAUUUAUUGACUAAUUUGGAUCCUGUGACUGAUCCUAGUGUAAUAUUAUUCUCCCUAAUAGCAUUAGAAAAAUUCGCGCAAACUAGUAGCAACAAAAUUACUAUUAUGAAAAAAAUUAAAAAUUUACCAAUAUGCCCCAUAUCCCUGCUUGAGUCUUGGAAAGAAGAACAGCAUUUUGUGCAAAGACAAGUUGGUUUUUGUGCGCAAUGGAUACUUGACAAUCUUUUUGUGAUGGAAGCCCGGCAAUACACCUAUCAAACCAUUAACACAGAAAAGAUAAAUGCGAUGUUAAACACUUCAGACGUUAGUGAAUAUUUGAAAAUAUCACCAGAUGGUCUGGAGGCUAGAUGCGAUGCCUAUUCCUUCGAAAGUGUAAGGUGUACAGCCCAAGCCGAUAAGGGAAUAUGGUAUUAUGAAGUAUGUAUUAUAACACCUGGAGUGAUGCAAAUUGGUUGGGCAACGAAGAAUAGUAAUUUUUUAAAUCAUGAAGGUUAUGGUAUUGGUGAUGACAGGUAUUCAUUGGCAUAUGAUGGUUGUCGAAAAUUAAUAUGGUACAAUGCCAAAUCUGACCCACAGAGUUUGCCAAGGUGGCAAUCUGGAGAUAUAUUAGGAUGUUUAUUAGACUUAGAUAAUCAACAGAUUAUUUUUUCCGUAAAUGGAGUAAGCUUACCACCAUGUAUACAUGUGUUCACUAUGGCAAAGUCAGGAUUUUUUGCCGCAGCCAGCUUCAUGUCAUUCCAACAAUGUCGUUUUAAUUUCGGUGCUGAACCGUUUGAACAUCCCCCGAAAGUGGCCUAUUCCACUUUCAAUGAUCAUGGAUCUCUGACGCCCGAAGACAAAAUCGUCUUGCCAAGACAUAUAUUCUUGAAUCAGCUUAGAGAACAAAAUAUAGGCGAGGAUAGUUGUACGCUUUGUUAUGACCAGAAGGCCACCAUUCGAUUGCUUCCUUGCGAACAUUCUGGAUUUUGUGAAUCUUGUGCCAAUCAGUUAAUAGAAUGUCCGAUGUGCAGAUCACCGUUUCGCGAAAUAGAAGAAUAUCCUCCGCCUUCAUGACAUAAAAGACGUCUUGAUCAAUCUAGAAGUAUAAAUGUAAAGAACAAUAAUGUCUGUUAUGAAAUAACGAGUUGUACAAAUUUGCCGCAUGGUAUGCAAAUAACGGG